AUGCCAAUACGUAACUAUACUCAAGAAAUUAGUGGAGCGAGAGGGGGAUCCUCGAUUACUUCGAUUCGCCUGGGCAUUCUGAAUUCUCAUGUGGCUAGACUCUCUGCCAUGCUUCCAGGUGCUUUGGUUCUGGUAGUGAUGAAGAUUGUUAGACAAACCAUUUCUCUGCGUAUUGCGGCAUCAAGCUCUAAGCUUGUAGUUGAGGGAGUUGGAAUAGCUCCGCUCCUAGUGAAACUCAUGGGUCAUCUAUGA